AUGGCUAGAUCAUCUGUUGGGAAAGUUUCUAGAAGGACCAAGGACAAGCAAAGGAAAAUAAACAUCAAAUCGAACCCUAUAAUUGCUGCCAAUUGGGAUUCUUCUUUGACCUUAGCACAGAACUAUAAAAAGUUAGGUUUAAGAGCCAAAUUACAAACACCUACUGGUGGUCAGGAGGCCGACUACAGCAAGAUCGUAAAAAAAAUACAGCUAAAUUACUCGAACCAAAGUAAUGAUGAGGAUGAGGGUGACUCAGAGUACGAAGCAAAUCAACAGAACGAAGAAAGUAAGGAGGAAGAUUUAGAUCCAAACAAUAUACCAGAGGGCGAAGCUAGGAUACAACGUGAUGUUGAAGGAAAUGUCGUGAAAAUUGUAUAUGGUAAAAAAAAGCUCGACGCUGAAAGCAUAGCUCAAGAAACUGAAUCAAGCACUGAAGUAGUGAGAGAGUUGGAGCGUUAUGCGUCUAGACCAGUGGUGAAGAAGGAACGUAUACAAAGUGAAAGGGAAGAGGAAUGGCUUCAGGCACUGUAUAAAAAGCAUGGGGAUAAUUACAAAAAAAUGUUCUUUGAUAAAAAGCUGAAUAUCUAUCAACAAUCGGAAGGAGACCUGAGAAAAAGAAUAAUAAAGUGGAAAAAGGCUCAUAAUAUUGAAUAA